CCUCUGGUGAUGCAGCCGCCAGCGGAGCUGUCGUCCUCGUCUCCACCUGUCCAUCGAUUCACUUCGAGUCACUUCCUUCCCACUUGUCAUUUGAGUGCCGCCAAAUGCGGCAACAGCGGCGGCGGCGUCGCCUCUGGUGAUGCAGCCGCCGGCGGAGCUGUCGUCCUCUUCUCCACCUGUCCAUCGAGUAACUUCGAGUCACUUCCUUCCCACUUGUCAUUCGAGUGCCGCCAAAUGCGGCAGUAG